AUGUAAGGAGCUCCAGUGAUUGUGGUGAAUGCUAACACAAAAAGAGAAUAGGGUAGAAAAGCUCAAUUAGGAAAUAUCUAGGCAGCCAAAGCUGUAUCAGAUAUCGUAUUGACUACUCUUGGACCCAGAUCAAUGUUAAAAAUGUUACUUGAUCCAAUGGGCGGCAUUGUAAUGACAAAUGAUGGAAAUGCAAUUUUGAGAGAGAUUGAUGUUUAGCAUCCAGCAGCAAAGAGUAUGAUCGAAUUAGCAAGAGCUCAAGAUGAAGAAGUCGGAGAUGGAACAACAUCAGUCAUCAUAUUAGCAGGUGAAAUGAUGGUAGCAGCACGACCAUUCAUUGAAAAGAAUAUUCAUCCAACAGAAAUUGUUAAUGGGUAUUUCAGAGCCUUGGAAGAUUCUGUAAAGAUCUUGGAUGAGAUUUCAUAAUAAAUAGACACCGACAAAAAAGAAGAAGUUAUGAAAGCAUUACAAUCUUGUAUUGGUACUAAAUUUGCAUUCAGAUGGGGAACAUUAAUUAGUGAUCUCUCUUUAUAAGCAACCAGAAUAGUUCUUAGAGGAGGAAAUAUUAAUAAAUUGAAUUUAGAAAUUAAGAGGUAUGCAAAGGUAGAAAAAAUACCAGGAGGAACUCUUGAAGAAAGUUCUGUACUUGAAGGAGUCAUGAUUAAUAAAGAUGUUACUCAUCCAAGAAUGAGAAGAGAAAUCAAGAACCCAAGAAUUAUAUUAUUGGAUUGCACAUUGGAAUACAAGAAAGGUGAAUCUAUGACUAAUAUGGAAAUGACAAAGGAAUCAGAUAUGACUGAUGCACUCUAAUAAGAAAUUAAUGAGGUUGCCCUUAUGUGUAAUGAUAUAUUGAAACACAAACCUGAUAUUGUUAUUACAGAAAAAGGAGUUUCAGAUUUGGCUUAACACUUUUUAUUAAAAGGAAAUGUCUCUGUCAUUAGAAGAGUCAGAAAGACCGACAACACAAGAAUUGCUAGAGUUUCAGGUGCCACUAUUGUCAAUAGACCAGAAGAACUAUAAGAAACUGAUGUUGGUACUUUAUGUGGAACAUUUGAAGUCAAAAAAAUUGGAGAUGAUUAUUUCGCUUUCUUUGUAGAUUGCUAAAAUCCAACUGCAUGCUCUAUCAUAUUCGAGCAGGUGCAUCAAAAGAUGUUUUGA